AUGGACACAGCGACCCCACUAGAAGUUUAUCAAGAUGAUCGAAGGACCACAGUGGUCGCAUCUGUGGUUUUCUGCAUCCUGUUUGUGACGGCGAUGGUUGGGUUGAGGAUCUAUACGAGGACAAGGGUUAUCGUACUCUUCGGUAUCGAUGAUAUACUAGCUGUUGUGGCUCUGUUGGCAACAACAGGUUGUGGCAUCGCCAUCGCACUCAUGACCAAAUAUGGUCUUGGCAGACACAUCGUCGUCCUCAAGCCAGCGGAUAUUGUAGAAUACAUGCACUUCCCUCGACUAACAAUGCAACCCAAGAUGUUCUACAUAUCCAUCGUAUUCUACAACAUCGCCCUCCUCGCCAUCAAACUCUCCUUCCUGUGCCAGUACUACCGUAUAAUGGCCGUACCUCGGAUGCGUAGAAUCUACGCAGUCGCCCUCCUCGUGGUCGGCGCCUGGUCAACCUCGCAGGUCUUCAUCGCCGCGUUCCAAUGCCUCCCAGUCGAAGGGUUCUGGGACAAGUCGGUGGCGUCGCACUGCAUCCCCAAUCAGCCGCAGUGGUACGUCAACGCAGCUGGAAACAUCAUCACCGACGUUGCCGUCUUUGCGCUGCCGUUGCCCAUUUUCUGGCAUCUCAGCCUGCCACGGAAACAGAAAGCGCUCCUCAUGGGAAUCUUCAGUCUUGGAUUCUUCACCGUCGCCAUUUCCAUCGUACGCAUCCAGUACCUCAGCACACCGGCAGACUUCACCUGGACCAACGUCGACGCCUCGCUCUGGUCCAUCGGCGAAAUCUCAUCCGCCGUUACCUGCGCCUGUCUUCCGACGCUCCGCCCACUUCUGACAAAGAUGUUCCCAGGUCUGAUGAGCAGAGUCAACAUCACCUCCCUCCACAGCAACCAGACCGACACGCGGCCGGGAACCCACCCGACGCGUCCGUAUUCGAACCUCCCCAAGAGCUUUCCCCGGGACGCCGAAAAGGGGACCACGGCCUCGGGCGUAUCCAGUGCGCGAUCGAGCCACCUCAAGGACGACGGAUCCUCCGUCACCCACGGAUCGCCGUAUCAGCACAACGCCCACGCCAACGAGUCGAGCGAUACGAUUUUCGGCCUGGCUAGCGUGCGCGGGGAUUCCAUCACACCCGUUAAGUCCAACUUCAGCCCCUUAAGCCCCAGGCCAGCAUGGACUGCUUCUGCUUCCACAAAAUCAUAUCCUGUCCGCAGAGACGGAACACCCUUUUGA